AUGCCUUCUUAUAAAUGCUGUGUGUUUGGCUGUAAUAGCGAGAGUACGGUUCGAAAACAUGUUUUUCCAAUCGAUGACGCAACACCAAAAAAUCAUUCAUCUACUAGUCAAAUCAUCAACUGUGGCAACUUAUCACUCAAUGAUUCAAUUGAAUAUGUAGAUGUUACCUGCCUGUCACCUUCGGCUUCACCUUUAUCCAGCUUAAAUCAAGAAACACCAUUGAAUCAAUUGUCAUUUGCCAACCCUGUCAACCUAUCGUUUAAUGACUCAAAUGAAUAUUUAAAUACAACCUGUUCUUCACCUUUGGCUUUACCCUUAUCCGAUGUAAAUCAUGAAAAUGAAAAAAAUGAGAGUUUUGAACUUCGAACCUUAAAUAAGCUCCACGAUGGUCACAUUAAUAUAGAAAAGACCAAGAUAAAAGUUUCUUUUGCGGCUCAAGUUCUUAGCCAUACAGUUGCAUCAACAAUGAAGUUAUUGUCAGAUAAUGCCCCAAAAGAAAGUGGAUUUUCAAAUGCUAUUGGCACUGCUAUGUUUUGUUUAUUUAUGGACAAAACAUUUGACUCUGUUAAUUCAAGGACAAUUAAUCCAGAAUCAGGAAAACUGUUACGAAGUGCAGUUAAAGAAAACUCUCCUCAUCAUCAUCAUUGGAAUUCUGCAAUAAAUACUUUUCAGUCUAUGAAAUUUGUCAAUAAAUCAAAUGGGAAAAAGACAGUUCCUCCAUGUGUAAAAAAUUGGAUCACCACACUUAAAUCUUUUAAAUACUUGUGGUCCAAGUUACAGAGUAAUAAUUUUAAAUUUUUUUUAACAAGGCAUGUAAAUCAAGACCCCCUUGAGUGUUUAUUUGGAAGUGUGCGGAGUCAUGGUAUACGAAACACAAAACCAGAUUGUUAUCAAUUCCAUUGUUCACUUAAAACUUUACUAAUUAACAACUUCACAUCAAUUAAGUCAGCAGGCAAUUGUGAGCAUGAUGAAAGUGGUGGGGCUUUAGAUAACUUAAAGCAGUUUGUUGAAAGUGGCCUGAAUUUACCCAAGUUGCCUAAAUCUGCCCAUGAAAACGAAUUUAAUUUUCCUAUUUAUAACUCAAUAGAAACAGUAUAUGACAUUCAUGUGUCACCCAUUUCUGAAAUGACCAUAGGGUAUGUUGGUGGUUAUUUGGCACGAAGUGUACUAAAAGAAUUCAAAUUUUGUAAAUUAUGUAAAUUUGAAUUAACAAGCAUUGAUAAAAAUAAUCCUUUAAUCCGAAUAAGAGACUUUACUCAAAAGUCUCUAAUGCAUCCCAGUAAAAAAUUCCAACAACUAAUUGAACAGAUGCUUUUUAUGACCAAUUACAUUUAG